CCUAAUUCGACUCGACCAUGGCGGCUUGGCGCCUAUAAAUAUGGCGACGACAUGCUCGCCUCUAAUCACGAAACAAACCAGGGCGCGUACGUCUGAUCGAGCACCCGGCGAUGGCGACUACCAGCGAGAUCUCCGAGGCGGAGGAGUACGUGCGCGCCGACGCGUUCGACGACCUGAUCAGCAUCGAGGAGACGCUCGCCGCCAAGGCGUUGGCCGUGCGCGGCGGCAUGGAGGAGGAGGUGGAGGAGGAGCGGCCGAGGGCGGCGUGGGAGGUAGAUCUGUCUAGGCUACAGAUCCGCCGCCUCGUCGCCACCGGAGUGCACGGCGCGCUGUUCCAGGCGGACUACAGCGGCCAGGACGUGGCCGUGAAGCUGCUCGACUGGGGCCCCGACGGGUACUCGACGCCGGAGCUGGUCGCCCGCAUGCGGGCGUCGGUGCGGGCGCUGGCCGCCGUCUGGCACGGCUUCGACCACCCCAACGUGGCCAGGCUGGUCGGCGCGUCCAUGGGCACCGCCGGCCUCGAGCUCCCGCGCAAGGACGGCGCCGCCUCGCCGCCGCCGCCGGACAGGGCGUGCGUGGUCGUGGUCGAGUUCCUCUCCGGCGGGACGCUCAAGGAGCACCUCAUCGCCCACGCGAACAGCAAGCUCCGCUACGGCGAGGUCGUCCGCCUCGCGCUGUGCAUGGCGCGGGGGCUCGGCUUCCUCCACGCCAACAAGAUCGCCCACCGCGACGUCAGCACGGACAACAUGCUCCUCGACGGCCGCCGCAACGUCAAGAUCGCCGACUUCGGCGUCGCCCGCGUGGAGGCGCGCGACCCGGGGGACAUGACGGGGACGACGGGGUCGCCGGCGUACAUGGCGCCGGAGGUGCUCGAGGGGAAACCCUACGACCACAAGUGCGACGUCUACAGCUUCGGCAUCUGCCUCUGGGAGAUCUACGCCUGCGAGAUGCCCUUCUCGUACGACCUCAGCUUCGCCGAGCUCACGUCGGCGAUCGUCCACCAGGGCCUACGGCCGGUGAUCCCGCCCUACUGCCCGAUCGGCCUGGCGCGCAUCAUGCAGAGGUGCUGGGACUCCGACCCGGCGGCGCGGCCGGAGAUGGCGGAGGUGGUGAGCCUCCUCGAGGCACUGAACCCCAACUCGGCCGGCGGGAUGCUGCCGGUCCGGACGAAGAAGAAUGCAGGGUGCUUCUGCUUCUUCGGUCGCCGCCGUCGCUCGUAGAUUGUUUCCAUCGCCCGAAGCUUCGUUGCUCUUCGUUUUCCUCGUUGUUGUCCAUGUAUUAUUAGUUGUUUUACGGGAACAACAUAUUCAAUAUACUAUCGUAUUUGUUCUAUAUAAUAAGACUUUCUGAUGCUGCCUAAAUCACUUAUAUAGAACCAUUU